AUGCGGGACUAUAUCUCGGAAGGCUGUGAGAAGGACAUUGAGCUAGGGCUCUCGCUGGGUCGCGAAUGGACAAGACAGUCCCAGAAUGAAAUACAGGAAGAUGGUCUCGAAAGAAGAUCAGCUGACCUGGAAUAUGGAGACGCCGCCGCCGCUGGCCAAGAGGGAGUGAGGGAAUCAGGAACCUGGAGCUGGAGAAGCGACACCCCACCACAUGUCGAAGUGGGCAGAAAUGCAUCCAGAGCCUCAUCUUCACGAUAUGCGGCUGGUCUCAAGCCGACACCCAGACCGCAGACGCCUGUGCAUUACGCGAGUGCGGGUGAUAGCACGAGAGCUCCAUGGCCAAGAAGACGAUUUAAGCUCAGGAACCGUGGCAAAACAUCCGUGUUUCGAGCUCCGGAUCUUGUAGGCACUGCCAGACAUUCAAGUCGACGAAUACCGCUUGAUCCUGGUAAUCCGGGGCCCUGGGUUAUCAAUCACCACCGUGAUCAGCUUUUGCGGAAGGUUGUUGGUGAUUCGGCAGGCGGCCUCCUUCGGGGAUUGUUUGGUAUCAGUGCCACAGGGAAAUCCGGACCAAAGGACGAGAAGUCGGUCAGGGAUGGCCACGAUGAUACUCAGAAGUCUGAAGAAUCCCCUGAGCCGCUAUAUCUCCAAGGGUUGAAGGAUUACGAUUACAUGACAGAAAGCAGCAAGCUCCCCCAAGACUUCUUCCUGGCCACGGGCGAGCGAGGUGUCGACCGCUACGUGAUCGACACGGUCAUCAAGCAGAUGGUCGGAGGCGCUGAAGCUCUACACACGCGCGAGAUGAAGGAGUGCACCCGCGUGGAACAGGUGAAGGACGAUUCGGCCCCGAUUGGCGGCAUAAGGGGCGAGAAGACGCGGUUGAAAAAGGCCCAGGACUUCCGGGACCGCGUCCUCCUGGCAAUGAUCGGGGCCUCCCUGUUGCUUGGACCCAUGUGGCUGAUGGUGUUGCAUGUUACGCUCCACACGGGACUCGUCACCACGACAGUUUGCGUGGCUAUUGUCGGGCUCGUGGUUUCGUGGAGGCUGGAGAAACCCAGCGACGUCCUGUCCGCCACGUUGGCGUACACUGCUGUGCUUGUUGUCUUCGUGGGGUCGACGAGCUCGGGCUGA